AUGCUAGAGAUCUCAACCACCCUGAUGCACCUGGGGCUAGAUGACUCAGCUGUGCUUGUCCGGAUUAUCUCAACCCUCGCUUUGUGGGGAUUCGGAUUUUCUGACCCUUACCUUGUGGAGGCUCGGAAUAUCACGACCCUAGCCUCGUCAAGCCUCAUGGCUUUCGAAGUUGGCCUUGUCAAGGUUGAUGUUCCUUGA